GCUUAAAGCAUAGCACGACCAAAAAAGGGCUGUCUACUAGCCCAAGGCCAUGCAUGGCCAGGCCAAUAGCCGCCGGAGAUGUACACAGUACUAUGCGUACGCAGUAGCGUUUAAUGCUUCUUCAUCUGACGAUAGUUAGAGAUGAUGUGCAAUUAGAGUCUGACCAUCCUUGCCCUGGAAGCCCGUUCAUCUCUUCCCCACACACACAGCCCUAUCCAGAUGCAUUUACAAGCCCCGAGAAAUUCACCUUUCUUCAGCACAGUCGUUUUGCUUCUUCGGCUUUACUGGCUUCCGACAUGGCAUAAUUAAAUCUUUCAACUACCGGUGCCGAUUAACUAUUGAUCAUUAUGCCUGUACGCCGUCCGCCCUCGGCAGCUUCAGAAUAAAUUCUCAAUAAUAAUCCUCUGCCGAAGCCGAAUCCUCCAGUUUCAAACUAAUCCACUUCUUCAAUGCUCCACUCGAUACCCGAGGUCAGAGACUCAGAGGGCGUUCAUUAUAUGAUAAGCAGAUUUAAACUGUCUGUCGGCCCAUUUUAGGGUCUUUUAGGGCCUGUCCCGUCCGCCGCUCAACAGUGGCAAAAUGAAUUGACUGGCCAAAUAUAUAUAACGGUUCAGGGAAGUUUAGCCGUUGCAUUAUUGUCUGAAUACGUUGUAUACCAUUAUAGGUAUCAACAAUCUAGACUGCACUCGCUCACAAACACCUCUAUACGGAUAUCGUGAUAUUUCGUAGCCCUGGGUCCUCAUCCCUCUGUUCCGUUCCUUAAACAGAGACCCCGCAAUGGGGCGUCUGAUUAGUCGUCCCUAGGUCCCGCCCUGUGCCAUUUCAUCUACACUAAAGUCAGUGCAUGUAAAUAAAUAGAGUGCCUGAACAUUGACGGGCUCAAGCAAGCAAAAAUCUCGAAGUCAACAAAUGGGUGACGCUCCCUCGUCGCAAGAACACCUUGUGGUGAUACUUCCGUUCCCCGAACCAGCCGCCUUGAUAAAUGAUAUCCGCAAAAGCUUUCCGCAUAUUCGAGUGUCUUACUUUGAGCAGCAGCGUGAAACGCAGGUCAAUGGUGCUGUGCCAAAAGACCUCCUGAAUUCAGCAACCAUUUUGUGUAUGCUACAUUAUGCGCCGACACUCGAGGACAUUCCCAAUGUGAAACUGGUCCAUGUAAUCUCUGCGGGCAUGGACCGCUACUUAAACCACCCGCUGGUGACAGACACUAAUAUUGAUCUCACAACGACCUCCGGCAUCCACGGCCCACCGAUCGCCGAAUGGGUGGUGAUGAACUGGCUCGUGUCUUCCAAGAUGUAUGACCAAACUUCCGAAUGGCAAAGGAAGCAUAUUUGGACGCAUAAUCAGAGCCUCAUCAACAAGAUGGAGGAUAAUGUAGGCAAAAGAGUGGGCAUUUUGGGGUAUGGAAGUAUUGGGCGGCAAGUCGCCCGUGUCGCUGUCGCCAUGGGCAUGCAAGUGCUGGCAUUUACCGUCUCUCCGCGGCCGACCCCUGAAUCCCGGCGAGAUACUGGCUACAUAGUCCCGAACACCGGUGACCCCGACGGCAGCCUACCGAUAUCCUGGCACAGCGGCACCGACAAAGCCGCUCUCCACGACUUCCUGUCGCAGAACCUGGACCACCUCCUAGUGGCGGUCCCGCUGACGCCUUCGACGGAAUAUCUCAUCGGUGCAGAAGAAAUGGCCUUGCUCUCCAAAUCCUGCACCCGCACCACCCGCCGUCCUUUCCUCACCAACAUCUCCAGGGGCAAGGUGAUUGACCAGGACGCGUUGAUGGCGAGUUUGAAGUCUGGCGAGCUGGGUGGGGCGGCGAUUGAUGUAACGGAACCAGAGCCGCUGCCGGCUGACCAUCCGCUGUGGGAUGCACCGAAUUUGCAUAUUACACCCCAUAUAAGUUCGUUAGGGAUUGAGUAUAUGCAGAGGGCUUUGGAUGUGUUAAAGGUGAAUUUGGGCCGAUUGGAGAAGGGCGAGCCAUUGAUUAAUCUUUACAGGAGAAAAGCGGGAUACUAGUCUCGUUGAACAUGAACAGCUGAGCGCAAUAAAGUAUACAGUAUGUAGAUUGAUAUGUCUACGUCCAUUUUUAUGAUAGUGUAGAGUGUAGAUCAUUUUUAAAAUAGAGUAUAAACAUUUCAGUUUGAAUGACUAUGAAUUGCUUUCUAUGGUAUAAGCUAUUCCCGUUACGUCGGCUCUAGGUGAGGAAAAGCGUGGAUAUGAAUUCAGAUAUCUGCCGGCUAUUCACAUUCCGUGUCAUCGCUUCAAUUACUAUAGAGAAUAUCUAUGCUAUAU